AUGGUUCCCACGUUUCCGGGAUGCGUGGCGACGCUCCUCGCUAGCCAUUGCCAUGGUGAGGGGCCUGGCCGGCGGGGGCGGGAAAGUCGCCUCGGGGGCUCCUCUACCUCUCUGACUUCCUUCCUUCCUUUUGUUUUCCAGCCGGGGCCUAAUCCCAGUGCGACGAGCGUGGGCGCCUCCGGCCGCUCCCCCAGCAAAGCUGUCGCCCCGAGAGCCGCGGGGUCCACCGUCCGGCAAAGAAAAAAUGCCAGCUGUGGAACAAGGAGUGCAGGUCGUACAACAUCUGCAGGCACAGGGGGGAUGUGGAGAUUCUAUACAGAGGAUUCUCCUGGCCUUAAAGUCGGACCUGUUCCAGUUCUCGUAAUGAGUCUUCUCUUUAUUGCGUCUGUAUUUAUGUUGCACAUCUGGGGCAAGUACACACGCUCGUAAAUUGGCUAGUCCAUCAGCCAACUGGAAGACUACAAUUUGGACCAAAAGUAUGGUGGAUUUUCAGGUUCUUUCCCCUUAGACACCUCUAGACCUGUUGAAGAAAAGUCCCUUUGUUUGGCUGUGCUGCUGAAUGGACUCAUAAACUUUCCACUUCGGGUUUUUGAUUCCUUUCUGUCACAAGUCAUGCUGUCUGCAUAUACACACUUGCAGUUGGUCUCAUUAAAAUUUGUAUACAUAAAGGAA